CACGGAAUUCACAAUCAUUAGACUACACAGUAGCGUCCUCGAGGGCCCGUGAUGGCCGGGUCUCCGCUGUGGGCGGUGGAUGUGUACGGGCGCGUGUUUAGUCUUUUGGCCGCGAGAGGGCGCUGGAGGCGCGCCGCCGAUCUGCCGCUGGACCUGAAGCGCGUGACGGCCUCUCAACAGUGCUGCUGGGCCAUCGGCUGCGACCAUCACCUCUACCUCCACGUGUAUCCCGGCCAGGAGCCUAUACGCCACCAGGAAGAGACCUAUGAAAACCAGGCAUGGAACCUGGUUGAUGGUUACACAGACGCACUCCUCCCGACAGACCGCUGGCAGUGGACGGACGAGUUAGGCUUGAACCCACAACCUCUUCACAGCUUUGAGUUGCCUUCUGAUAACUGGGAGUGGGAGGGCGACUGGUACGUGGAUGAUGAAAGCUGUGAGAGAGAAUCCAGUGAGACAGGGGGGUGGGAGUAUGCAGUGGACUUCCCUACCACCUUCACCAAAGAGAAGAAGUGGAAUUCAUGUGUCCGUCGCAGGCGAUGGCUUCGCUACAGGAGAUAUAAAGGACUGGGAUCAUGGGCCAAGGUGCCUUUGGACCGAGCCAGACCUCCUCCUGAGCCCUACAUUGACAUCAGCUGUGGUGGAUGGGACAUGAGUGACAGCCCUGAGAAGCACAUUUCCCUGUGGGCCGUGUCCCAGCAAGGGGAACUGUGGUUCCGCACAGGCAUCAGACAGCAGAACCCGGAGGGGACGCUCUGGGAACCCAUCCAGGUGCCCCGAGAGGUGGCACAGGUCAGCGCCGGACCGAAAGACCUGCUUUGGGUCGUUCUCUGGGAUGGACAACUGCUGGCCAGAACGGGCAUCAAUAAAGACUGCCCUAAAGGCUCAUCAUGGGAGUCAGUGCAGCCUCCGAAUCAGAAAGGAGCUGUUCAUGUCGCAGUGGGGAUCAAUGUCGUUUGGGCCGUGACUAAAGACAACAAAGUCUGGUUCAGGAGGGGUGUGAAUUCCCACAAUCCCACUGGGUCAGGCUGGAUCAGUAUUGGGGGAGAGAUGUUGAUGCUCAGCGUGGGGCACAAUGACCAGGUAUGGGGGGUUGGCAUUGAUGACCGGACUGUGUAUUUUCGUCAUGGCGUGACAGCCACAGAGGUCACUGGCAGGUCAUGGGUGGCUGUGUCAGCUCAGCUUGAUGCCAGUGAAAGCACAAAUCAUUCCAGUGAUGUCAGUGUCUUCAAUGGUGAGGUCACCGCUCCUUCCCAGGGUUCCAUUCUGGAAUGUGAUGACACGGACAUUCCAAAGAUGCCCAAGAUCACGAGUGACAGCUUUAUCUCCGCGCUGGUGUCUGAUCGCUCCACUCCAGCUCACGACCCGCCCUCUGCGGCUCACCCCAGUGUACCUGAGGAAAACCAGGUGAGCAGCCAAGAGUUCGAUUCCUCAAUCCUGAGCCCGAGCAGCCCGUCCGAUGGUAGCGAGACACCAUGGAGCAAUGUUGAGCUGAAGGAGAUGAAAGGCUCGGUUCCCAGCAGCGUCUGGAGCUCAGUGGCCACAUACCCCACUGAGCUGCUGCAGAACACAGUAGUGCAGGAGGAGCUGCCGCCCUGGGCCUGGGUCACCGGUGGAGGAUUUGACAUUGAUUCCAGCUCACAUGUCGACUUGUUUAACAUCUCAGAUUCCGGUCGGCUCUCUCCAUCCAUCACACCUGCCCUCGGUGCUCUAGACACAGACACUCGGACAGAAAGAGCCCAACAACAGAGAAACACCUCAAUAGAGAAGUCUGUGCGUGUGACGAGAGGUCGUAUGUGCUGGUGGAGGGACUGGCUGCCGCAUCAGUGGGAGGAUGUCAAUGUGACACUGGAGCAGGUCACCAGUGCCGGAGCUCACAUGGGAGACAUCCUUUACCUCUACUACACCCACAACCAGGAGAAGAAGUAUGUGUAUGCUGUGAUAAAGGAGGUGACGGCCCUGGUGCCCAUGUUAAGGGACUCUCUGUACACCAUGGCUGUUUACACACCAAAGAGAACCAAACAGAGACGCCCCAUUUUACUGGCAACUCCUUAUCAACAAGACUUCAACACCUGGCUGUCUUUGUUGAACGAGUCAUGUUGUGCGUCCAGGGGACUUGGAGAGCAUCCAUCCAAGCAGGCCCUGUGGGCUGUGACGUGUAAAGGUGACGUCCUGGUGCAUGAGCCGUCACCCAUUCUGGAAGCCCCGGCGCAGUACUUACCCUGCAACCACUUGUUCUGGCGUCAGGUUCCUGCUCAUCUGCUGUGUGUGGAGUCUAACAGUCUGGGUGUGGUGUGGGGCAUUGGUUACGAUCACACCGCUUGGGUCUACACGAGGGGCAGGGAACCAUCGGCUCAGGGAAAUGAAAACAUCAGCCAAACGAUGAGUGAUGUGAGGAGUGUGUACGUCUAUGAGAACCAGCGCUGGAACCCAAUGACAGGAUACAAAGACAAGGGUCUUCCCACAGAUCGAUACAUGUGGAGCGAUGUUUCAGGUCUGAAAGAGUGUACCAAAGACAACACCAGCCCUCCCUCGCCGCAGUGGACAUGGGUUUCUGAUUGGGUCGUGGACUAUGAUGUCCCGGGAGGGACAGAUAAAGAGGGCUGGCAGUAUGCUGCAGAUUUCCCCGUGACGUAUCAUGGUUAUAAGACAAUGAAGGACUUUGUGCGGCGCCGACGGUGGGUUAGGAAGUGUAAGAUCAGUCUUACAGGCCCGUGGCAGAAGGUUCCUCCGAUCGCUCUGACUGACGUCACCAUCUUGCCGUGUCUGGCCCGGUGCAGUCCCGAGCAGAUUCCUGUGUGGGCCAUCAGUGAGGAGGGAGAUGUGCUGUGCCGUCUGGGGGUCACCGCCAACAACCCGGCUGGUGACUCCUGGCUCCACGUGGCCACAGACCAGCCCUUCAAGUCCAUUUGCAUAGGAGGAGGCCACCAGGUGUGGGCCAUCGCCAGGGUCGGUGCCGUCUUCUACCGGGGCUCUGUGUCUGCCGACAAUCCAGCUGGUGAGUGCUGGUAUCACAUACCAUCUCCCCCGAAGCAGACGCUCAAACAGGUGUCUGUGGGCAGGACCUCCAUUUAUGCUGUGGAUGAAAACAGCCAUCUGUGGUACAGACAGGGUUUGACACCCAGCUAUCCUCAGGGUUCUGCGUGGCAACUCAUCUCCCGUAAUGUGUGUAAGGUGUCUGUUGGACCACUGGACCAGGUUUGGAUAAUAGCUGAUAAAAUGCCAGGUUUUCCAUCAGAGAGCUCAGGAACUGUGUGCCACAGACUGGGAGUGAAGCCCAUGCAGCCCAAAGGCCUGAGAUGGGACUUUGGCAUCGGGGGUGGAUGGGAGCACCUGUCUGUGAGAGGGAACUCUGUAGAGGCCCAGCGCGUGACACCUCACAGUCCAGUGCCCAGCCCGACUCAGAGUCACGGGAACGGGAAUGUUGUGGGCUACCACCUUCAUCAUGCUUGACCGCACAUCCCAGUUUGCUGUUCUAAUACCAUUCCUGUUUCUGUGUCCUGUGCCCUUCCAACCAAAAGUGACUAUUUAUUUUUAUAAUUUUUUUCCACUUGGCUGAAUAAGACCUCACUUUUCUGGGUGUGACACUUGAUUACUGAUUGUGUAUGAUUUGAAUCACCUGGGGUCUCAUUUAUAAAACUCUCCGUAGAGUAAAAUUUUACAUAGGCACAAAAGAUAGAUUUUGCGUAUGCCCAAAAGUUUUCAGAUUUAUAAAACCAUGCACACGCCAGAACCUGUGCAAAAAUCUCUUUAUAAAUCCCAGUCAGGGGAAGAUUGUGCGUACGUGCAUUUCCACCUCAUCUACUCCCCGAAAUCACCAUAUAUGGAGCUUACAACGCCUGGUUUUACUAUGCAUAACCUCAUCUGCAUAUCAUUUACAUGCAAAUUCCCAUGCACGUGACACCAUGUUGAACACAGAGACAGUAUGGAAAAAAUGGUUUCAAAUAGUUCUCAGAUAUUUUAGAUGAUCUCAUUCUUUUACAGUGGCCAAAUAGAAUUUCAAUUAUUUCAAAUUAAAUGUAUGCAGUUUUGCUGAUAAGAUAAACAUAUUUUAGCUAUUUUAGUGGAAACAGAUAAACGCAUAUUUAUUGCAGUGUUUUGUCUGAUUCGGCGCGUCACUGACAAAGUAUUGUAAAAAGGAAACAUGCAAAUCUUACCGUUUUCUCCUUGUUAUGUCCUUCAAAUAUAGUGUAAUUUUUUCAUAAUGUUGUACAGAUGAAUUUACAUGACAUUAACACUUCUGUGCAGCUGUGGUUGUACAGUAAUCCAGCAGUGUCCGCAAUAAUAACGCAGAAAGUGCGCAUCAGUCAUCGCUAAAAUAUGUAUUACAUGUAGUUUAGUUUAAAGAUGAAUUAUUGUGCACCUAUAGCACUCCUCGGGUUAAUAAAAAUAACGUCACAGGAAAAUUUUUAUUGCUUAUGAAAUUAUGCAAUUAUGUUAUUUGUAAAAUUAUGUAAUUUCAGUGUAAAUCUCUUUUAAUGUGAGUGGAAUAUUUAAUGUAAAUGUGUAUAUCGACAUGAAAACAGAGUUUAAAGUCGUUGUUUACUUCAUUAAUUUUAUCACCCCUUGAAAAAGAGUUUGUACGCAUGGUUUAUAAUGUCCGUACGGUGCGUACAUAUUUACGGCAAGUUUAUUUUUUAUAAAUCCCGAUAUGUGCGUAAAAAAAUGCAUACGCAAUUUCUAUGCCUAUUUUGUGCAUACGCAAUGUUUAUAAAUGAGAGCCCUGAUCCACUGAGGUCUUUGUUUUAAGCAUGUUAUGUUUUCUUGUUGCCGUAUUUGUUUCUGUAAUCUGUAGACGACCAUUUUACAUUAUUGGUUUUAUGAUUUUAAUUCAAUCUGUUUGCAUUGUCAGAGACAGUGCUGUAAAUGUUGAUACCGCUUCCCUGCUGUGAUCCUACCAUGCCUGUUUUUUUUCCAGUAAAGAUUUUUUCAAUAAAUUUUAUAAAGCAUCA